GCGGGGCGGGGGGCGGGGCUCCGUGGUGGAGCGAGCCUGGUCCUGGAGCUGCUGCAACUGUGAGCUCCGGCGCGCCGCGCGCGUGCGCUCCGCACCUCGCAGUUUGGGAGCAUCUCCGAAGCCAUCCGGGGACGGAGAAGUCACUCGAUAACUCGCCUACACCUCUUCAUCAUCUCCCAGGGAGAGGAGCCGCCGCGGACUUGUCUUCUUUGCAUCUCCCCGGCUUGCAUCUUCGCGGACGUAGGGGUCAACUAUCCAAAUUUGGCCAGUACUUAGUGCUCAGAAGUUAUACAUUGGACCUGCUAGAUGUAAUGGUCCUCAGACCUCAGAAGAUUCCUCCUCAUGAGACUGGAUUAAUUCUUCCAGGUGGAAAGAUUCAAGAUGAUUAGUGGAAAAAAUAAGGGCUCUGCACUUUGAUCGACUUGGAUUGAAUCUCCAGGUCCAACUAUCACCAACUUUUGGCGCUGUGUAAACUACUACAGAGAACCCACUGUUCCUUCAUCUAUUACAGGUUCUUUGCCAAAAAGCAUGGAUGAAAACGAAAGCAGCCAGUCCCUGAUGGCAGUUAGCCAGUAUCCUAAAGAAGCCGUGAGAAAACGAAAUAACUCCGCACGCAAUUCUGCAGGAAGUGAAUCUUCUAGGUCCUCCAGGAAGAGUUUCAAGCUGGAUUACAGACUAGAGGAGGAUGUGACUAAAUCGGAGAAAGGAAAGAACGGGAGAUUUGUCAACCCUUGGCCCACAUGGCUGAGUCCCUCUCUGCCAAGUGUUCUCAGAUGGCUGAUAAUGGAAAAGGACCACAGCGGUGUCCCGUCGUCCAAAGAGGAACUUGAUAAAGAGCUGCCCGUCCUCAAGCCCUAUUUCGUCAGCGCCCCCACAGAGGCCCGAGUGAAGGAAGAGGGCUUACGCGUCACCUGGCUGGGCCAUGCCACAGUGAUGGUGGAGAUGGACGAGCUCACAUUCCUCACGGAUCCCAUCUUUAGCACCCGGGCUUCUCCGUGGCAGUUCAUGGGCCCCAAGCGUUUCCGACCUCCCCCGUGCUCCGUCAGCGAGCUCCCCCCGAUAGACGCCGUCCUCAUCAGUCACAACCACUACGACCACCUGGACUAUAACUCUGUCGUCGCUCUGAACGAGCGGUUCGGGAAUGACUUGAGAUGGUUCGUGCCUUUGGGUCUCCUGGACUGGAUGCAAAAAUGUGGUUGUGAGAAUGUGAUCGAGCUGGACUGGUGGGAGGAGAAUUGUGUCCCUGGACACGAUGCGGUCACCUUUGUCUUUACUCCUUCCCAGCACUGGUGCAAAAGGACUCUGAUGGAUGACAACAAGGUCCUGUGGGGCAGCUGGUCUGUUUUGGGGCCUUGGAAUCGAUUUUUUUUUGCAGGCGACACUGGGUAUUGCUCUGUUUUUGAAGAGAUCGGGAAAAGAUUUGGACCUUUUGACUUGGCUGCUAUUCCCAUUGGAGCUUAUGCGCCCAGGUGGUUUAUGAAAUACCAGCAUGUAGACCCAGAUGAAGCAGUAAGGAUUCAUAUCGAUGUUCAAACAAAGAAAUCAGUGGCAAUUCAUUGGGGAACAUUUGCCUUAGCCAAUGAGUAUUACUUAGAACCUCCUGUGAAACUAAAUGAGGCUCUAGAAAGAUAUGAACUUAAUCCUGAAGAUUUUUUUGUUUUGAAGCAUGGAGAAUCAAGACACUUAAAUACCGGAACCUUUGAUUAAAUAUCAGCACAUGAGCUUUUAAUGAAAAAGGCAUCACCUGAUAUGCAAUUGAGAAGACUUAGAAAUUCAAGAAUAUUAUGAAGUUUUACUUGUGGAACAACUGCAAGUUUGUGUUUUAUUUAUAACUUUCUAAUAUGAUUGUCAGUUCAUAAAAACAGAAUCCAGGGAUGGGUCAUUUAAAUAAUGAAUUAGCAAAUGUGGAUUUCAAGUUUUGUCUCAGUGGUAGAACACUGCAGUAGAAUUUGUUUUUACUAACAUACUUAAGGGGAUAGAAUUUUAGGCUGUGAAAAACUGAUGUAAAGUCUCAUUUCUUCUAUUUCUAAGGUCUUUCUACAAAAUGAGUAAGACUGCCUACCUUUCUAGAGUUUUUCAAAGCCUGCAUAGGAAUAUAUUUCUUAUAUUCACAUUAAAUGAUAAUGGUUCUUGCUCUGUCAAAAUUAGCUUACAUGCCAACUAAAGUAAUUUUUGUAAGCAUAUUGAAAAUAAGAGUUUGGGCAAAGUUACCAUUUUUAAAGACAUUUUUAAAAGCAAAGGGUGCAAUGUAUUGUUUCCUAUUUACAAGCUCCAAAUAAAAAGCACUGGGUUGGGCUGAGAAAGGGAAAGAAUGUGGUCUUAAGAAUGAUUUUUUUCUGUUUUUAAUCUAAAAAUUUGGUUUGCUGAGCACAAAUACAACUGUGAAAUGAUAAAUGUAGACCUUAAAGUAAUAGACUAGGUACUUUGAAUUCAGUUUUCUUCUGUCCAUUCCUUGUUUUCUCUCUCUACAUCCAUUUUUACCCCUCAUUUCUUAGCUUUAACUCUAAAUACAUCAGUAUGGGACCAGAGAGUACAGUGUGUAGGGUGUUUUGUCUUGCAUCCUACCCAUUGACCGGAAUUUGAUUCCCGGCAUCCCAUAUGGUCAUCUGAGCACUGCCAGGAGUAACAGCUGAGUGUAGGAGUAAGCCCAGAGCACCUCUGGAUGUGCCCCCAAACUCCUCUUUCCACAAAACCCCCGUCCUAAUAACCAAAAAUAUAAACCAAAAAACCAUUUUUACACAUAUGUAAACACAUACGUUUACAAGUACGUUGUUUUACAGAUUCAUAUUUUCCAUCUAUUUGUUCCAAUACUUAAUAGGCAAAAUUCUGCUUUUAUUAACUAAGCCAUUGUGGAUUGCCAGCGUGGUAUGACGACGAUUCUGGGAAUCCGCUUCCUCGAGUGCUAUUCCUUUACAGGCACCCAGCUCACAGCCACACUGAACCUUCCUUUGACGUGAGAGCAGAUUGGCUACAGAGAGGCCCAUCUAUAUUCCUAAUCAGUCUUAGUGAAAUGAACUUUAUUCAUAUAAAAGAUUUAAAGCAGGUUUUCUAUACCUAAUGCUACCCAGACAGAGUUCUAUACCUUGAUUUGCAUCUAUGUAUGCAUGUGAUAUUUUAGCUACUUAACCUGGAUUUUAAUCCUGCUUUCAAACCAUGAAUUUUUUUCUGCACCCUGAAAUGUGCCUCAUUUUCCUCAUGAGCAACAAGAGGAUUAUUUUGACCUACCUCCAGAACAUGUGAAGGUGUGAUUAAAACAAACAAACAACUCAAAAACCACGUUGGAAAUGUAAAUGAAAAAAUGAUUUAAAAUAUCACUGCCUAAUAGAGAUAGGCAUAUUUGAAAGCUGAUAAUAGGCUAAUGUAUCUGACAAUAUAUUAUUCCUGUUGCAGAUCUAAGUAUAUUAUAAACACCCUUUCAUCUCAUUCAUUUUGUAAAUUUGGAACACAAUAGCCUUUAUUGUAUUCUUUAUCAAGACCUUUAUCUGCAUCAAUGUAUAUCAGUUAAAGGGAUAUGUGUAUGUUCCACGCACGCAUGCACACACAGACACAGACACAAAAACAAUGUGGUUAUGUGAUUUGGGGGCAAUAAAAGUACAGAUUUUUUCCCCUUAUGAAACAGACUUUCAGGAAUGAUUUAAAUAGCAUAUAUUCUUUUUUACUCCAGAGGACUCUUUAGCAGCAGACAUGAAUCAAGAUGUCUGGUUUAUGGAGAAUUAAUUCUGAGGUAUUUCCUGACCUAAUAUUAGCCACUGCUUCUGUGGUUAUCUUUCUUGCUGUUGCAUGCCAGAUUGAAAAGUCUUCCUUACCUCUGCUUUAUGAAGCAAGUCAAGUGUAUCUUAUUUAAUUAUUUCUUCUCCAUGAAUGGCCUGAAUAUUAUUCUUGUAUUCACAUAUACUUUUGAACAAGAGGUCUCUAAGCACUUUAAAUUACAUUCUCCUUCACUUAAUUUCACCUGUCUCAGCAACGAGAAUUUAUACCUAUUGAAAGACAAGAUGUGCCAUGAGCUACACAGUGAAAAAUCUAUCCUUGCAGCAUCAAGAUGGAAUUCGUUCUGGGUAGUGAAAAUUUUCUUUUCUCUAGCAUCCUGACAUUUCAUCUGAUCUCCAGGAAACAAGAUUAUUUAUUCAAACUGAUAGAAAAAGAGACAGUUUUAGAAUCCAUUGCUGCUAAAGUACACUGAAACCAAAUAUUGGUUUUGAAUGUGCACUGUUUGAAUAUAUCUUUUCAUUAAGUGAGGUAGGUUAAAAAAAUGUUAUAUAGAAAUGUGCCUUUCAGGGAAUACUUAUGUUUGCAUCACUGAUAAACAGAUGUAAUUUACAUUACUGCAAUAGCCAAUUGAGCUCUUCCAUAUUGCAGUCCUUUUUCUAAUGUAUAGACAUUUCUUUCAAGUUUGAUGAAAUGUGAUCGGGAUCACCCUUAGAAUAUGCAUUUUUCUGUUUGAGAAUUUGGACUUCCUAUGGAAAUUCAUUUGUAGAUGAAAUUUAUUCUUAAAGCCUUGCCUUAAAUACAUGAAUAGGAAAGCUUCUGCUUGUGUAUUAUUUUAUUCUAAGCAUGGUGGUAAUUAUGAACCCAAAUAUUAUAAAGCUUGGCUGAAUUUAAAUUAUAAAUUGUACUAGGAGCUUAUGUGGAAUAAAAAAAUAGCUAAAUUUUUUCAUGCAUUGUGAUUUUGGUCACAUGAAUGAAAAUAAAGUACUGUAAAUUAAGAGUA